AUGGGAUCUCUCGGCCCGUACCAGCGCAAGCACAAGGUGGCAGUGGUGGGCUCCGGUAACUGUCAACCCAAUCGUCCAGUCCACUUCUCCUGGCCUCCUUCAACUCACGGCGUCCCCCGACAAAGCGUCGGUCUCGCAGUCGUCAUUUGGUCUAACAUUGUCACUCUUGUAGGGGAACUGCAAUUGCCAAGAUCGUCGCUGAAAAUGCCGCGGCGAAUUCCGACAUCUUUGGAGGAGAAGGUGGAAAUGUGGGUGUUUGAAGAAAAAGUUGAGAUUGGCAAGGACUCGCCGCAUUACGAUGCCAACUUCUCGGGUCCUCAGAACUUGACCGAUGUGAUCAACCGCACCCAUGAAAACGUCAAGUACCUUCCAGGGGUUCGAUUGCCCACUAACCUGCACGCCAACCCGUCGAUCGAAGACGCGGUCAAGGAUGGCACCAUCCUCAUCAAGGGCAAAAUUCUGCCCUACGCGCGUGGCAUCUCAUGCAUCAAGGGUGUCGAUGUCAACGAGGAGGGAAUUAGUCUGUUCUCCGAAACCAUCGGCAAGACCCUCGGUAUCUACUGCGGCGCCCUCUCGGCCAACAUCGCCAACGAGGUUGCCCGAGAGAAGUGGUCCGAGACCUCCAUCGCCUACGAUCCCCCGCACAUGGACUCGAAAGCGCCGACUCCUCAGCGUUCCCCCAUCCUCCCAAGUGAAGCUCCAAGCUCUGCCGUCCGACUACCCACCGAUCAACCACGACGUGCUCAAGACCCUCUUCCACCGCCGUACUUCCACGUGCGGGUCGUCAACGACGUCGCGGGGGUUUCCAUCAGCGGUGCGUUGAAGAAUGUGGUGGCGAUUGCGGCGGGAUGGGUCGAGGGGAUGGGAUGGGGUGACAACGCAAAGCAGCCUUUCUUCGGGGCCACCAUCAACCAGCGGACCUUCACGGACGAGAGUGCGGGUCGCGGAUCUGAUUACCAGUUGCAGUGGUGGUCGCAUUUCCGUUGCGCCAAGCUCAGCGUCGAGCGCAAACAGCCCAUUGAGGAGAUCGAGCAGUCCGAAACUCAACGACAAAAGCUGCAGGGUACUCUGACCGCAGUUGAGGUCAACAACUUCCUGAAGAAAACAAGGCAUGGAGGAAGAUUUCCCCCUCUUCACCUCCGCUAUCGUAUGUUCUGCGUCAUCGUCCGCUUGUCUGGCGUCCAACCUCUGGCUAACCUGUUGCAGCAUCCUCAACGGUCAAAUGAAGGUCGAUGA